AAGCGGCGCAAGCGGGCCUCGACGACGGGGACGUCGCGGCCCUCGCCCCGCGAGCUUGGCAUCAUGCGUAAGGAUGACACUUCCGCCAGCUUUCUCGGGAGUUCGAGUGGCAUUCACUUUGUCCGCACCGUCUAUCACGCCUUUGCCCGCCGUUCUGCCGACCUGCAGCAGCAGCAGGAGGCUCGUGCCGGCCAUGAGAGCCUGGUGCCCGGGGAGGAUGACCACCUCCGCACCGGUCAAGGCCAGGCCCACGCCCUCUUGUGGUCGACCGAUGAGCUCGAUCUGACCAAUCCCAAAUUAUCCUUCGACCAAUUGGUGCAACUGUCACAUCAAUAUUUCCAGAAUUGGCAUCCCAUCUACCCCUUUCUCCAUGCUCCGCAUCUCCUCCGCGCCCUGGAGCAGACAAGCCGAGAAGGGAUUCGGUCCAUCAGCCGGACAGAUGCCGUGCUCAUCCGCUCCGUCAUGUCCAUCGCUGCCAUUGACAAUCGACAGGCACAGGGAGGAGCAUCACUGGCAGCCAUGGCGGUGGCCAUGCCGGCCGAGCUGGUUUUCCAGACGGUGCACGACGCCAUGAAUGGUCUACGCGAUCUGCUGGACGAACCCUCGUCCAUCCCCUUGUUGCAGGCAGCCGUCAGUAUCCAGUUGUUUCUGACGUCGAUUCUCCGCCUCAAUGCGGCGUCGCGGGUUGGAGGGUUUGUGACGCGCACCGUGUUUCACCUGGGUCUGCAUCGCUGCCCGGCACGGUAUUCCUGCUUCAGCCAGGAAGAUGUGGUGAUCCGUCGCCGGCUGUUCUGGUCGAUCUACUGUCUCGAGCGAUAUCUGAAUCAAGCCCUGGGGGUGCCCCUCAGCAUCCGAGAUGACGACCUGGAUGUAUGCUAUCCCGGAGCCGAACGACAUACGCCGGACAACGGUGGUGAAGUGAUGAUGGGUCCGACGCCAGACGACCAGCGGCUCAAGCUCCUGCGCCACCUGGCCAAAUUCGCCCGCCUGCGAGGGUUGAUUUCGGAGCUGCGCAACAAAUCCAUUAUGCAUAGUGGAGAGAACUUGGUGGAGGCAGCGGAGGUCGAUCGGGCCCUUCUGCAGUGGUGGAAUGAGGUGUAUGAUGAUGUCUAUCCGCUGGCAUGCGACGGGGAGCCGCCGGAGGCAUCGUGCCCGUUGCAACCCUUCCAUUCCCUCCUGCUGGUGGUUUCACGCCACGAGGCCAAGAUUGCGUUGCACCGUCCAUUACUGGCCGCCGACAAUCCGACCACCGCCGAUUACAAAGCGGCUUUUCUCACCUGCAUCAAUUCCUCCCGUUCGUUGCUGGCCGCGUUCCAUGGCUAUAUCACGGCUCCACCCGGCGACGACCGUCCUCCGCUGAUCGUCGCCUCCUUCACCUGGACGGUGUGGAUGUCAUGUCUGAUUCUGAUCUACGCCGCUUGGACCCGCCACUUCUCGAAUGAGGGAGCUCGCCGCUAUGCGCGCAUUGGGAUCGCGGUGCUGCAGAACAUUGCCCGCCGGGAACGCGAGUGGCCGCAGACCUGCAUUCAAGCCAUUGAGGAUCUGUGCUCUGCUCUCGAGCAUAACAACAAAAACAGCCAACAUCACCACCACCGGAUCAACAGCGACCUCCGAGUGCCGCAAGCGGAGGAUACGUAUAGUACGAGUCAUCGGAGUACCGGCGACCGUCCCGAUGCUAUCCGCAUUGCCGAAGAUCCGAUCGAACUCCACGGGGAAGAUGCCUCGCCCCGGCCCAGCAGGCCCAGCAGGCCCAGCAGGCCCAGCAGCAUAGCCCCUGAAUCCUGGGACAAUCUUCCGAUGCCGCCGCCGCCCUCGUUCGAUCCUACGGCCGUGCUCUCCACUCCGGAUCUCUACAACGCCGCUAGCAUGGUGUUUGGCGAUCUGGCCGGCUCCGGAUUUUCCUACGGUCUGGGCGGGCUGGGUCUGGGCCCGGAGUCGGCGACGGCUGUCCCUUUGUCGGACCCGUUCUUGAUGAACGAAGGCUGGAGUGUGGCGGAUGGGCCGUGGUUGCUGCAUGGCGAUUUUAAUGUGUGA